UGUAAUAAGCAAUCUCACCAUAUCUUGACUAUAUACUUCGUUUACCAACAUGAGAAUUUUUCCUAUAAAAAAACAGACAAUAUUCAUCAAAUUUAAUUCAUACAAACUUUUGGCCAACAUCUCUCUCUCUCUCUCUCUCUCACUCUCUCUCUCUCUCUCUCAAACAUGGCAAUUUGGCUAAUGUUAGUGUUUAUGUUGUCUGGUUCAUUUUGUCCUAAAUCAUUCUCAACACAUGUUACCAACACAAAAAAGACCAAACCAAUUGGCUUCCCUUUUUCAUUCAUUCAGCCAGAGCAAGCACAAGCCUCUCUUGAUGCAAAAGCUGUUGUUAGGCCAUAUAAAGAGAAGUUCUACACACAAAUUCUUGAUCACUUCAACUUCAAUCCAAACAGCUACUCAACAUUCCAACAGAGGUACUUAAUCAACGACACUUUCUGGGAUGGCCCCAAAGGAAAUUUCCCGAUAUUCGUCUACACAGGAAAUGAGGGAGGAAUCGAAUGGUUCGCACAAAACACCGGCUUCAUGUUCGAAAUUGCGCCCGUUUUCAGAGCUAUGUUAGUUUUCAUCGAGCAUAGGUUUUACGGGAAGUCAAUGCCUUUCGGGGGGAGUCAUAAGAGAGCGUAUUCGAAUUCCAAGACGCUCGGUUACUUGAGCGCGACUCAGGCGCUUGCGGAUUACGCGACUUUGAUUCUCGAUCUUAAGAAGAAUCUGACAGCCGAAAAUUGUCCUGUUGUAGUCUUCGGAGGUUCUUAUGGCGGAAUGUUGGCUGCAUGGUUCAGAUUGAAGUAUCCUCAUGUGGCUAUAGGGGCUUUAGCCUCCUCAGCUCCUAUUCUAAAUUUCGACAACAUUACUUCGCCGUAUAAUUUCGACGAUGUCAUCACCAAAGAUUUUCGGAGUGAGAGUGAGAAUUGUUACCAAGUGAUCAAAAGAUCGUGGCAAGAAAUCGAAGAAACUGCAGCGAAACCCAGAGGACUAGAAAUUCUCAGGAAGUCAUUCAGAAUAUGCAAGAAUCAUAUAAGUGUAGGUUCUCUAGAAAAUUGGCUAUAUACAGCUUACUAUUCUACAGCCAUGACAGAUUAUCCAACUUCUAGCAAUUUUCUCAAACCCUUGCCAGCAUAUCCAGUCAAGCAGAUGUGCAAAGCAAUCGAUAAUGUAAAGACCGGGAACACAUUCGAGAAAUUAUAUCGUGCGGCUAGCGUCUACUACAAUUACACUGGUCAAGCCAAGUGUUUUGACCUCAACGACAAUUCAGGUCAAGUCGGGAACGAGGGAUGGGCAUGGCAGGCCUGUACAGAGAUGGUUUUAGAAACAAAUGGCGACUCAAAGGACAGCAUGUUCCCGGCCUAUAAUUACACCUACACUGGUACCUUUCAAUCUUGCAAGGAUUAUUUCAAAGUAGCGCCUAGACCCACCUGGAUUGCCACCGAGUUUGGAGCCCAUAACAUAGGUAGAGUAUUAAAGCGUUCUGGGAGCAACAUAAUUUUCUUUAAUGGGCUGAGGGACCCAUGGAGUCCUGGAGGGGUGCUAAAAAAUAUAUCAGAAAGUAUAGUUGCAAUUGUUGCGAAAGAAGGUGCACAUCACGUGGAUCUUAGAUUCUCAACAAGUGAAGAUCCAAAGUGGCUUCGAGAUGUGAGAAAAGAAGAAAGGCACAUCAUAUCACAAUGGCUCACUCAAUAUCAUCAUGAUUUGAUUGAUUCUCAAUGCUCUUAAUAGAGUUUUUGGAAUUCCAUUUGAGAAACUUUCAAUGUAAUGACAAUAUAAUAACAUAAAGACACCAAAUUUCACUUUGGUUUGAGAGCUAUUGAAACAUAACGAAAUUUCACUUUCUUUUCAUUUAUGAUUAUUGCUUCUUGAUUUUGGAAGCCAAAGACAUCAAAUAGAUUAUAUAGUUGUACUGAAAAAAGUUAAUUGAGAUCACAUAAUUGUAGAUGUGAACUUCUAGAUGAAACUAUAUAAA